CGGACGGAUGGGGACGCGUUUAAGGGGAGGAGGGUUGAGGAGGGUGGGGGAGUUGGCUAGGAAGAAGCGACAGCACCUGGUCCGUUGUGGGCGGCCGCCAUGCGCGUGAUGUUGGAGGUGCAGUGCAAGCAGUGUGGAGGAAUUCGAGGAUGUGCACGGACGAUGACCUUCCAACUUUGGCAGCAGGGCCAGGGUCGCACUUGCCGGCCUGCCGAGCUUUUGACCCUCCGAGCACCGAGCACAUUUCACAUCAUCCCAACGACAAGGCGGUGUCGCGUGCGUGAAUGCACAAACAAGAUUGAUUAGUCCUGCGAUACAUAAUGGAUCCGGACCAUAUUCAAUCAAGUCAUCUGAUGUUCCUCGUCUCGACCAACCUCCAUCUGU